AUGGCUGCGGGAAGGUUACUGCUCUAUGCUGGCCUCUCUCUAGCUUUGUGUGCCCUGGGCAUGCUGGCGGUGGCGAUCUGCUCCGACCACUGGUAUGAAACGGACGCCAGGAAGCACAGAGAGAGGUGCAAAAGCUUCACCACCAGGAGAAACGACCCUGGCUUCAUUUACAACUCCAACAACAACCUGCCUCUGAGGGCCAGCAGAUCUAGGUUGGACCGCUGGGAAGGGAAACUCCUCUUGGCAAGGAACAGGAGGCAGCUCUUUGCUAUGAGCGCCGCCGAUGAGUGCAACAGACAGUACAACUCAACCAACAUGGGGCUCUGGAGGAAAUGCCACAGACUGGGCUUCGACCAAGAGCUGGAGGAGCUGAUUGCCAAAGGAGCAAUUGAUCAGUGCACGUACAUCAAGUACCACUACUCCUCAGCAACAAUUCCCAAGAACCUCACCUACAACAUCACCAAGACAAUCCGCCAGGAUGAGUGGCAUGCCUUGCACCUGCGUAGGAUGACGGCUGGCUUUAUGGGCAUGGCUGUGGCCAUCAUCCUCUUUGGAUGGAUUAUCGGGGUGCUGGGGUGCUGCUGGGAUCGAGGCCUUAUGCAGUAUGUAGCAGGGCUUCUCUUCCUCAUGGGAGGUACCUUCUGCAUCAUUUCACUGUGCACAUGCGUGGCUGGAAUCAACUUCGAGCUUUCCCGCUACCCCCGCUACCUGUACGGACUUCCCGAUGACAUCAGUCAUGGCUACGGCUGGUCCAUGUUCUGUGCGUGGGGAGGCCUGGGCCUCACUCUUAUAUCGGGCUUCUUCUGCACCCUGGCCCCUUCUGUCCAACCUGUCCCCAGGACCAACUGCCCCAAAUCCAGACCUGAGAAUGGGACAGUGUGCUAA